GUGCGGUGCGAGCGGCCCACCCGCGAAAUGGUGAACGACAAGGUCCAGCUGCAGCUGCAGCGCCAGGAGGCCCUCAUCCAGGCGUACCUGGCAAGACUCAACACCGUCAUAAAAACUGCCGAUGCCAGCCUCUUCAGGCUGGAGCGGUGCAUCAAGAAGCUCCAGGCCGACCUGAAUGACAAGGUGGAGGCGCUGGCGCUGGACCAGCGGGUCCUCGAGGGUGACAUGCCGGACGCCAAGCCCUGCACGAACGUCUCAGGGGGCGCAGUGGGCCUGCAUCCCCACAAAUGGAACCAGUCCACAGAGGAACGCAUACGCGAGGCCAACAAGUGGUCAUCUGACUCGGCGAGGCUCAGACAGGAGGCCAAGCGCAUGAUGUCGGAGAAGGACGAGGCUGCGAGGCAGAUUAACAACGGCCUCAACAAUUCGAUGCUGGGAAAGCUUCAGGAGACGGAUGACCUGAAGGCGAAAUUGACUCAGAGGCUGGACGAAACGCGCCGAGAGAUAGAAGAAGCAAAACAGCGGAAAUUUGACCUGGAACAAGCCCUGGAGGCAAAAAGAGGUCCCACGCAGCAGGCCGUGCAAAGACUGGUGGUGAGAAAAACGCGGCCGCGGCGCGAGCGGGUGGACGACGAGGCCCACCAGGCGCUGGUGGCGGAGCUGCGAAACCUCACGGGCAUAUGCUCGCAGCUGCGGGACAAGGUUAACGCCGUGGAUCGAGAGAUCCGGCACCUGGAAGCCAAGGCGCAGCUGCUGGAGGACAACGUCCGCGACAAGGAAGGAAGCUGGAAGGUGGACGAGCAUUGCGUCAUGAUGGACGGGAGGGUUGACAUCAGCAGGCCGCCGUCAAGCGUGGGAAGCUCGGCAGCUUCAUCGGCGUCGAGGCCAUCAUCCAGGUCGCUCAGCGCAAGGUCCGACAUCAUGUCCCGCAUAUCCGUGUUGGAGGACGAGCUGGCCAAGGCUCGAAAACAACGGGUGUCCAUGGAAGAGAAGGUCCUACAGCUGCAGGAAGACGGCGCGUGA